AUGAGAAUUGUUGGGACGGUCGCCCCAGUUCGCGAAUUAGUUUGGAUUAGCCGGGGCAAAGCUUUCCUCCAGCGGGACCGUUAUGCAAAACUCGAACGACAUCAUUUACUGGCCGAUAUCGGAAUACCCAUGAAGGCAGUUGGCGGGGAGUUGGGACUUGGGACCGAUGUUGACAAGGUCCCGAGGCAGAGACCCUGCGAUCAGCACUAUUAUCAGCUCUCGCUCCUCGAGGUGUACUUCCCAAUCGGCCGGGUUGACCCAAGGGUACAUCUCCAAUUUCGGGUUCACAGUUCCAUCAACAGAGCAAAUCUCAAGAGGAGAUGGGAAGUGGAGGAUUAG